AUGCCCCCCAUGGCGCCGCCCACCCUCGCGCUGCUCUCCCUCUGGGCCGUGCUGGCCGCGUGCUCCGCCCAGGACGACCCGAUCGGCGCACUGACCCCCUCCGAUCUGGAGGCCGCCCGCCAGACGCCGCAGGGCGUUUUCAACGUCUCCGCCGUGACAUGGAACCCGUACAGGGACGCCGUGAUGGACGUCAAUGUCACCGGCCCAGUGGCUUCCGGGGAUUGGAUCAGGGUCUCGUUCUCGGGCAUCCCGUUUCCCGACCCCCACGGGAAGGACUGGGUGGCGCUGUACGUGCCGGGGGACGCCGACCCCGCGGAGGUGUCGCCGGUCAAGUACAGGAACGCGAAGCACGCGGAGGGGUACAUGGACACGGGCGCCGGGUCCCUGGACUUCAUUCUUGAGAACCAUCGAGACACGAUGCGAUUUUAUUUCAUGCGCAAAGCUCCUGGGGAGCCAUUCGUGGCGGCGAAAAGCCCACUCAUCCAACUUGCGAAUCCAAAUGCGCCGAUGCAAGUGCAUCUUGCAUUGACGGCAAAUCACAGUGAAAUGAAGAUUCAGUGGGUAACCAAGGACACGGGGUCUCCUGCAGUGGAGUGGGGAACGUCUCCCGGCCACUACACAUCACGGUCCAAAGCGACAAGCACUACAUACACAAGAGAUGACAUGUGUGGCCCACCAGCAAACACGACAGGGUUCAUUGAUCCUGGAGUUUUUCAUGCUGCAACUGUCACCGGGGUCAAACCACUAGAGCAGAUUUACUACCGGGUUGGAGACGAGGUGUCUGGGUACGGCCCAGAGCAUUCCUUCAUUGCGCCACCACUGCCAGCCGCAUCUUCCAGCGUCAUUUUCGCCGUUCUUGGCGACAUGGGGCAGUCUGAGGUGGACAAAUCCAACGAGCCUUACCAACUGGACGCGUCCCUGGAGACCAGCAGCCGCCUGGAGGCCGACGACGACCUCCAGCUGGUUUUGCACAUCGGGGACCUGGGCUACGCAUGUGGAUAUGUGGCACAGUGGGACAGGUUCUACGCACAGUUGCAGCCCAUAAUCUCGAGGGUGCCGUACAUGACGUGCCCCGGCAACCACGAGCGCGACUACCCCAACAGCGGGGACAGGUGGGGGUCCUCCCACUCGUCGGGCGGCGAAUGCGGCGUGGCCUACGCACGGCGGCAGCAGAUGCCCCGUCCUGGCGACGACAAGAUGUGGUACUCCUUUGAUUUCGGCCCGAUUCAUUUCUCGUGA